AACACAAGCUGUCCCUACAGACUCACCACCCAAGAACCUCCCAGUAUUCCUACAGACGAUUAUGGGGAGCCGACAAGAGAAGACCACUCAGCCGUACUUUAUAACCAAAUGAAUGUCUUGAUUCCAGUUGCUGGGACGAUACUCAGAUAUGUCUAGGAGUCAGCUUGAACAGGAGAAGAAAUCUCUAGAUUCUUUUGUCUGGGUAAACGAGAUCACUGGAGAAACCACCUUUCCUCCAGGGGAGGAGACCACACCUGCAACCUCUGGAGAGAAGCGUCAGGCAAGGUCGGGGUCUCUGCGAGUGAGCAUGCCCUGCGCUGCGGCUGUCCACAGACCUGCUUCUCCAGUGAACCCCGAGGCUGCAGGCAGAGGCCCCGGGACAGGAAGCUUGCUUCUACCCGACCUGUCCCUGUCCCGAGCUCUGUCCCCAUCAGGGGGCGCUCUGCCGACGCAGCACCACUUGGGAGCGUCCCCUCCUCUGGCAGCGAGGCUUCCAGCCAGCCCUUCUCUGCCCUGGGCCCUGUCCUGCAAGCUAAGGAAUGUGCUGACAAGAAAUAACCGGUUUUCCUUUUGAGCUAGGAAGUGCCAAGGAAGCGGCCGCCUACCCACACCUGCAGAGCUCUAUGAAGGUCCCAUCAGCUCCACCCUCAGAAGCACAAGUUUACAGGAAUCCGCAAAAAUAUCUGCUUUCAGACCCAAUACAAACUUUUCUGAGAUUUUUUU